UUAAACAUCCACUUUCAGCCAGGAUUAUUGUGUGGAGUUGAGUUGCAGUCUGGUGGUGCUUCAGAAAUGUCUAACGCAGAAGUCAUUGCUUCCCGACUUUUGACGUUUAAUCAGAUGUAUAGUUAUGAAAAGCGACUACAGACUUUUUCCGAGUGGCCUUUUCGAGAAGAUUGCCAGUGCACACCAGAGUUGAUGGCCAAGGCAGGUUUUGUGCACUGCCCUAGUGAGAAUGAGCCAGACGUAGCCUGCUGUUUCUACUGUCUCCGAGAGCUGGAGGGCUGGGAGCCGGAAGAUAACCCCUGGUCUGAACAUGCCAAGCGCUCCCCCAACUGUGCCUUUCUUCAUAUGAAAAAGACAUUUGACAAGCUCACAGCCAUUGAAUACUUUCAGCUGGAACAGGAGCGGCUUCGCAUCUACAUUAGGAAGAUGGGUCACCGGAAGAUAGCCUUCUUUCGUGAUGAGGUGGAGAUCACUAGCAAAAAUCUGAGAGCUCUUAUUUGAUAUCUGGUGAUGGUAAAUUAUUUUAAUUGUACACUGUUUGUGAACUUGCACCAAUAAAUUAAAUGUUUUUAUGUACCAUCAAUUUAAAUUUUUUUUCCU